AUGCUGGCGCGGUCGACUCUGGCGAUGACGUCGAUGGCGGCGACGCGGCGCCUGCUGCCGCGCGCCUUCUCGCUCGCUGGCUUCACCAAGGACGAAGAAGGCAUGUACAACGUCAGCACCAAGGUCGAGUGGGACGCGAUCGUCGCGACGGGCCAGCCAGUCGUCGGCGACUUUUGGGCGCCGUGGUGCGGCAAGUGCCGGCAGAUCUCUGGCUUUGUCGAGAUCCUCGCCGAGGACUAUCCCAACGUGGCCUUUGUCAAGAUGAACACGGGCGAAGAGGGCGUCCAAGACAUCAAAGCUGCACUCGACGUGCAGGUGCUGCCGACCUUCCGCUUCUUCAACGGCGGCGUUGAGGUCGGGACCCCCGUGACCGGCUACAAGAAGACACCGCUCGAAGAACAGGUCAAGGCGCUCGCUGCAUAGUCAUCCCGGACGUUUUCUGUCUCCUCACCAACGUCGAGGAUUGCACCUACCUAGGUGGGCUAGAGCACUACAGUCAAGGAGAGAAAUAAAAGUUCGUUGUGCGUUGCAGAA